UUUCUGGGCUGUAGGGAGGGCCAGGGAGUUUACUUUCAGACUUGACACAGAACUCACAGAGCAGAGCUGGCUGUGCACUACUGGAGAACAGACCUCAGUUUUCUUCGCUACUCACAAGUAACUUUUCUAUCAGACCAGCUGUGUGUUCUAUCACUGCGCACAGCACAAUGAGGAUGCUUUUGCAGACUAUUUUUGAAGUAGUGCUCUUUUCUCAGCUUGUAUAUUUGGCUCCCACUGAUCAGCAAAGUCUAGAUAUCCAGCCCAUUAAUGAGAAAAGGUAUUCAAUGUUUUGGUCCAGCAAAGAAUUCAAGGGAGCAAAGAAAAGCUGCAAGAAAAUGGGAGGAAAGUUAAUGACUGUGAGAAACUCAGUUGAAGCUGAUAUCCUCUCUCUGUUUCUACAGGGCAUGACCAGCAGCUACAGUGUAUGGAUUGGGCUUGAACAGCCUAACAAAGAUAAAUGUACAGACACUUCUUUAAAGCUCAGAGGAUAUAAAUGGAUAACAGGUGAUACCAACACUGACUACACCAACUGGAUGAGCAAUGAAGUAAAGUGUGAUAAACAUUGUGUGUCUGUGCAGGAAAAUGGUGCUUGGAAAGAAACAAGCUGUAAUGACAGAGCUGAUGGCUUUUUGUGUGAGUUCAGUACUUUAGACACGUGUCAAGCUUUAGACUUACCUGUUGGAUUCAGUGCCUCAUAUGUCUUACCUAUAGGAAUGGUAGUUAAUAAUUGGACUGUGCUGCCUCUUAAUACCACUGCAUCUAUAACUAAUGUCCAGUCCACUCUUAUUUGCACAAAUAAAGGUGACAAUGGAGCUGUAUGGGAUUCAGAUACACUUGGGCCAUGGCCCUGUGAAAUUGAAAAUGGAGGCUGUGACUAUAAAUGCCAUGGGGCAGUGUGUUCCUGCAUUGAUGGUACAUACCUCAAAGAGGAUGCCAGAAGCUGCUCCCCUCUUCCAACACCUUGUGAGCCUAACCCCUGUGCACAGCAGUGUAGCCCUGACAGCUCCUCUUCACUUGGAUACAUCUGCAUGUGCGAUGAAGGAUACAACCUUUCAGAAGAUGAAAAGAGUUGCCAAGAUAUUGAUGAUUGCAAAAUCAACCCAAAAAUCUGUGACCACCAGUGUUCCAACACCAUAGGUGGCUUUGAAUGCAGCUGUUUCCCUGGUUAUGAGAUGGCUGAUGGGCAGUGUGAGGACAUUGAUGAGUGCCUAAACCCAAAAUAUAUUUGUGAGCAUGACUGUAACAAUUAUCCUGGUGGUUACAACUGUUCCUGUUCAGACGGAUACAUUGUUGAUGCAGAGAAACCCAACAAGUGCAAAUUAUUCUGUAACAAAACUGCCUGUAAUGCAGAAUGUAACUUGGGGGUGGUCAGGGACUGCAGAUGUCCAGAUGGCUUUAUUUUGGAUGAUAGCAAUGCUGAAGGAGAAGUUGAUUAUUUGGCAUAUGAUCAAUCACCACUUUGCUUAGAUAUUGAUGAAUGUGAUACAGAGAUUUGCAAGCAUACCUGUUUAAAUCUCCUUGGUGGUUAUCAGUGUGUGUGCCCAGAGGGCUACAUUCUGCAAGAGGACACAUCUUGUCUUCCUGAACACCAUGAUUAUACUAUGCAACCAGCCAUGCUUCUCGGAAUUAGUGUUGUUAUCCUGUCUAUGGUCACAGUCCUUAUAGGAAUUAUAUGUCGAAUGGUAAGAAAGCACUAUACAGAACAGACUGUCUUGGAUUAUAAAUGUAAGGGCUCAGAUAAAGGUGUGAUGCUCCAGCAAGUAAAGUCAGGGUACCAGCAAAACUUUAAUGACUCUGUAAUAGCAACGAAAGCAAUAUAUUCUACUGAUCCCAAAGCUAUACUUUCACCCCCAUGUCAGAGUGAUAUAAACGUAUAUAAGGAACUCUGAUAAUUAUGAGUGGGAGAGCUACGCUACUGUAUUGCUAAUAUGACUAUACCAGACCACCUGUGUGUGCAUUGAAGGAAUUACCAAUCGAUUGGUGAAAAGAAUUAAGCUAUAGAUUAGCUGUGUAAUAAGUACAUUGGCAUUUCCAUAUGUGUACAUAUUGUACAGAAAAGGAAAGCUGCUUUAUAUAGUCCUGAUAACUGUGGUGUACAUAUCCAUCAUCAUAACAAUGAAUAGAAGAAACUUCUAAAAAGUAACUGCUUUGCUAACAAAGAACGUUGAAAAGCAGUGGGAAAUAGUAGUUGUUUGUUUAAAAAAAAAAAAAAAUCAGAAAGGACAGCUAAGUGAAAACAUAUACAUUUAAAAAAAAACAACAGAAAAGGUUGAGAACCAGUUAUUUGCAUGAUAUUAAAUUUAUAUAUAUAUAUAUAUUUGGGUGUUUUUAUUGAGUUGAGUUGUUUGCAAUGAUCAUGAGAGAAUUAUACCCCCUUUUUCUAAGGAGUGUAUUGAUAAAUAUUGUAUGGACAUUUGCAAGCAAAAUAAUAGCAUUCCCUAACUUAUUGUAUAUAUUUCUAAUGUGUGAUUGUUUUAACUAUUUUAGAAAAGCUUUGUGGCAGUUUUAGAAAAUAUUAAAUUACCAAGAAAAACAUAAAAUGCAACUUUGGAUAAAUGAUGCCCACACAAUAAUAUUAUUUUUGUAUCUAAUAUCAGUUGCCAUAGGUAAAAGCAUCUAAAAAUGCACAUAUUGGUUCUCAGCUUAAAUAUUUAUUUGGCAUGCUAACUCAUCCUGACAAAAUACAUAUUGUUGGUUUAGAUCAUUGUAUGUAAUGUUUAAAAAUGCAGUUAAAGUUUAUGUGAUGUAAAUUUUAAACAAUUCACAAAUUACAGCUUGUGCAAAAUCUAUAAAAAGCACACUAUGUAACCUGAUUUUAUAGUUUUAUCAGAUACAUUUUGGUACAAUUACAUUUUCAUUACAGUUAUCUCAGAGUACUUUAAAAUACCUUCUGGAGAAAAAAAGUGUAAUUUUAAAAUGUAAUCAUGUGUAUUAUAGUUUAUAUAUGAAAAGUUAUUUAUUUUUAUUGCAAAACAAGAACAAACACAUUACAUGUGUGUUAAAUAAAAAAGAAAUCCUAACAAAAUAA